AUGAUGAAACAACAACUGAUUAAAGCAACAGAAGAUAUAGCGGUCGCAGUGCCAGCACUUGCGUCCAAUCUGUCAGCAUCAGCGCCGUGUAUCCGGGAUGGUGAAAUGGAUUCGGUAUCCGAUGCCACAUCCCUGCCUAUGGAUCCUACAAAGUAA